AUGAGCAAGAAAUUCAGCGCCAUGUACCCAAAAAUCGAGCUCCCCUCCGCCAAGCAAGCCCUCUCCGCCGCCGCCUCCCUGGCGGCCACCGCCGUCCUCGUCCGCUCCCUCGCCCGCGACCUCGUCCCCGGCGAGCUCCGCCGCUUCCUCUUCACCAAGCUCCGCUACGCGCUCAACGCGCUCUCGUCGGAGGUAACCCUAGUCAUCGACGAGUACGACGGCCUGUCCCGCAACCAGCUGUUCCUCGCCGCCGAGGUCUACACGGGCUCGAUCGCGGGACCCACCGCCCGCUCCCUCCGUGCCAUCCUCCCCGACAAGGAGCGGAAGAUCCACGUCACCGUCGGUCGGGACGUUGAGUUCGCCGACUCUUUCCGCGGGGCAGAGGUCCGGUGGAGGAUGGUGGCCACGUCUAGGCCUGGCCCGGGCCCAUACCCGGACAAGUGCCCGAGGGACGAGAUCCGGCACCUAGAGCUGACCUUCCACAGGAGCCGGCGGGACCUGAUCCUCGACGAGUACCUGCCGCACGUGGUCGAAAAGUCCAAGGCCGUGAAGGAGGAGAAGAAGACGAUUAAGCUCCACACACUGGCGAACGACCGUAUGCACGGGAUUGGCCGGAGCCCGUGGCAGUCGGUGAGCCUCGACCACCCAGCGAAUUUCCAAACCCUGGCUAUGGACGAUGAGGUCAAAGGCACAGUAAUCGAGGACAUCGACCGGUUUCUGAAGAGGAAGGAACUGUACAGGAGAGUUGGGAAGGCUUGGAAAAGGGGAUAUCUACUGUUCGGGCCUCCAGGGACUGGUAAAUCGAGCUUGAUUGCGGCCAUGGCUAAUCACCUGAAUUUCGACAUUUAUGACUUGGAGCUAGCGGAUAUAAGAACCAAUUCGGAUCUGAGGAGGCUGCUGCUUUGUACUAAGAAUCGGUCGAUACUUGUCGUGGAGGAUAUUGAUGCGUCUAUCAACCUGUCGGAGAGGAAUUCUCCUGCGAAUAAGAUGAUGCCUCCAAGGCCAGGAUACCAUGGUAAUCAAGGACAAAAGGCAAGUUCUUCAGCUUUUGUUACCUUAUCAGGGCUGCUGAAUUUCAUUGACGGGCUUUGGUCAAGCUGUGGGGACGAACGCAUCAUAAUUUUCACGACCAACCAUAAAGAAAAACUUGACCCGGCCCUUUUAAGGCCCGGCCGAAUGGAUGUCCAUAUUCACAUGUCCUACUGCACUCCAUGUGGCUUCCAAUUGCUGGCAAAGAACUAUCUCAGGCUCGCGAACCACCCGCUCAUGCCCAAAACCGAGUCACUAAUAGCCUCGACAAAAGUGACCCCAGCUGAAGUCGGGGAGCAGCUUCUGAAAAGCGACGAGCCCACAAUUGCUCUCGAGGGCCUGAUUAAGUUCCUUGAGCAGAAAAAGGAAAUCGAAACAGCAAAACUAGAGGUGACUAAUGAAAUCUUGAAGAAAGUUAAAGAAGAAGCUCCUGAGGGAAUGGGUGAGAGGAUACUUAAGAAUGAUGAGGCUGCUAAUGCAUUGAAAAUCUUGAUCGGGUUUCUUGAGGAGGAGAUUCGAGCCGAAAAGCUUGACAAGAGUUUGGAAUCUUCUGCAGCAAAUGUGGUAGAAUCUGGGGCAAAGUCACUGUUGCUAGUUGGUGAAUAUCUUCUAGCCCAAUGUCAGAAUGGACAAAAUCAUAGCAAAGAAUUAAUUUAUAAUAAAGUCGCUGCUGGGUAUCAAAAUAAUGAGCCACAAGCUUUUUGCGAGUUUAUUUCGGGCUACAGGGCUCUCUCCAGCCAUUCUUUCUCAAACACUGGCAAUCCGCAAGUCCUUGCGAUUGUAGAAUUCUACCAUCUGACUUUUGAUCAGAACAUCGCAAAACGCGAUCAUGUCAGGACCUCUAGAACACGCAUCCAUGCCAAAUGUCGAGAAGAUUGACAUGGAUGGUCUAGACGAAGAUAGGAAGAAAAGGCUGGCUUCUCUGAAGAAGGCGGCCAUUAAUGCCUCUAGCAAGUUCAGAAACUCUUUGAACAAGCGGGGAAGGAGGAGCAGCCGAGUGAUGUCGGUUGUUCUUGAGGACGAGCACGAUGCUGAGGAGCUUCAAGCAGUCGAUGCCUUUCGCCAAGUCCUCAUUCUUGAGGAGCUUCUCCCCGCCAAGCACGAUGAUUAUCAUAUGUUGCUCAGGUUUCUGAAGGCCAGGAAAUUCGAUAUCGAGAAAACAAAGCAGAUGUGGGCCGAUAUGCUUCACUGGAGGAAGGAUUUUGGUGCCGACACCAUUAUGGAGGUACCCUUUUCACAUACAAUUAGCACUGUCAAAACGGGCCAUGGCCCGUGGGCUGGCCCGUCCGUCCGCCUAAAUGGACGGGCUUGGGC